GUCAUCGCCAGAGAAGAGACCGGAGCAGACGGAGCCGCUGUGUGAUGGCUUGAAAACGGGGAAUAACUGCGGACCACAGCGGAUUUAUUGCAUUGAACGAGCCCGGAGCGCCGGCGACAGAGGCGGAGCGGACGGCUUUUGACGGAGCAUCUUUGAGUGAAACCGUCUCCGGAUCCAGACAACACGGACACAGACAGAAAGUAGCACCGCGACACCAGCGAGCGAACUUGGCAUCUUCUGUCCGGUGGGAGGUGUCUGUUUGUCGGCUUCGGCUAGCCGCACGCACCGCUCCGCUCGCUGCUUCUUGUGUUUAUUUAAAGAGGGCUGCCGCUAAGUUAUGUUUCUUGUAAUUUGCUCAUUUCUGCGUGUUUUUCGGCAACCAACUGUGGCUUUAACGUGACGCACCAGACUGACAUUAGUGCUGUGUGUCGGAGAGGACCCCCACUGCAGAGCGCUCUCAGGCUUCUUCAUCAAGUUUCUGCCUUCUCAUUUCUACGAUACCGACACGAAUCACACCGAUGUGAGAGUGACAAGGACAGACGCAGACGGUGCCAGGCCAGGCUAGGCCAGGCUCUGCCUACCUAGCCCUCUGUCUGGCCUCACCACACAGGCCAGCAGCCUCUCCAGGGAUUCCUAGCAGGCAGGGGAAGCUUCAGUCUGCUCUGGCAGAAACUUCCCAGAACCUGCAAGUCAAGCUGUAACAGAUUUGACUCCAGUCAUAUUUUGUUGUUUCAGCUUUUGGGAGGCAGGACUGGUCUGUUAGAUCAUUACUCCUUCCAUGUUUUGGAUGUUCCUCUCUGGAUGUUGGCAGCAGGAUGGAUUCGGGUGUUGAUUUGACGGUUAUCACCUCAUUGCAGUGCUUGCACCCCUCCUCCUUUGACAGCCUUUCGUCCCUUCCCUCCUUAAAGCCCCUUCCUCUCACCUGGGGCUUCCCUGAGCCCUGUGCGGAAGGGCCUUGUAGGAACUGUAGGUUGUCUUGUUAAAACAAUUGCUUUUGCAAAGAAGACGCCGAGUUAAGAAGACCUUGCAAAAAAAACAAACUGCAAAACACAAGGAUUGCUGCAUUCAAUUGAUUAAUUUUUUGUAACCCAUCACUUUUGCUUUUGUUUGAGUUUGAGAGAGUUUUAUGUUUUUUCUAAAAUGAGCUUGCUGGUUUAGAUGUGACCACAUCCAGAGUUUACACAAAGAGAUUGUCUGAUUACACACAUAAAGAAAAAAAUCCUUAUUUAUACAUACAGAAUUUCUUAUUUUUUGUGGUCUCAGCCUCGUGGAAGAAUGUCUGAUAGCAAAAGCAGCAGCAAAGCAGUGAAAUUCAUUGCUCCACUCCCUCCUGUUUCUUCUGCUUCCCCCUGUCCAUCACCCCAGACCCCCCACAAGAAUGUGAAUGGCUCUGCCAGUUCAGACUCGCACGUCGUGGAGAAGCUCGGCGGACAGCCUGAGGUCCAACGUCGGCGCCACACCAUGGAUAGAGACUCCAAAACAGCCGAGCACCGUUUCUUUCGCCGGAGUGUAAUUUGUGACUCAAAUGCCACAGCUUUGGACCUGCCCAGUAAAGCAGCUGUGAUACUCACCUCACCACCAGACUGUGAAGGGCCUCCCACCUUCUUCUCUCCACAGCUGUCAGAGCCUGGGCCAGGAGAUUGUGAUUCUGAAGGUGAAGAGUCCUCAAGAGGUUCUUAUUUGCAAAGCACCGCUCUUCAGCCUUGUCUUGGCCCUGGAGGGGCAGUUGCAGAGGACGUACAAAAUGCUAAGCAAGAUUUAAGUGUGAGCAUCACCGCCGCUGCUGCUCCCAGCAGUAGCAGCGCUGAACAAAGUGCAGAUGGGGCAGUAAAAGGGCCCAGCCCGACAGUAUUGGAUGUUACCAACAAAACAGUAAGCAAACAGCCUGACGUUGUAUUGCGUCCCAGAGGGCUCGAGGAAGCUCAGCCGGUGGUGCAAGUCGGAAAAGUGGAUGAGGGAAUCGUUAGCAGUCCGACAGAAGAGAAAGACAGAGAGACAGAGGAGGAGAAAGAGUUAGCAAAAGCACGAGCAGAGCAGAGAGAAGCUGAGAAACGAGUGCAGGAGGAUAUAGAGGAGGCCGAGACAAAAGCUGUGGGAACUUCACCAGAUGGACGCUUCCUGAAAUUUGACAUUGAGAUUGGAAGAGGCUCUUUUAAGACUGUGUACAAAGGACUGGAUACAGAAACGACAGUGGAGGUGGCGUGGUGUGAGCUUCAGGAUCGUAAGCUGUCCAAGUCGGAGCGUCAGCGGUUCAAAGAGGAGGCCGGGAUGUUAAAGGGUCUCCAGCAUCCUAACAUUGUCCGAUUCUACGACUCCUGGGAGGGUCCCUGCAAAGGAAAGAAAUGCAUUGUUCUCGUCACCGAGCUCAUGACAUCUGGCACAUUAAAAACCUACCUGAAGCGCUUCAAGGUGAUGAAAAUCAAGGUCCUUCGUUCGUGGUGCAGACAAAUCCUCAAAGGCCUUCACUUCCUGCACACCAGAGCUCCACCCAUCAUUCACAGAGACCUGAAAUGCGACAACAUCUUUAUCACGGGGCCCACGGGCUCGGUGAAGAUCGGAGACUUGGGGUUAGCGACAUUAAAGAGGGCCUCGUUUGCCAAGAGUGUCAUCGGUACCCCAGAGUUUAUGGCUCCAGAGAUGUAUGAAGAGAAGUAUGAUGAAUCUGUGGAUGUCUACGCCUUCGGGAUGUGCAUGCUGGAGAUGGCUACCUCAGAGUACCCGUACUCUGAAUGUCAAAACGCUGCCCAGAUUUACAGAAGAGUUACUAGUGGAGUGAAGCCUGCCAGUUUUGACAAGGUAGCCAUUCCUGAGGUGAAGGAAAUUAUAGAGGGCUGCAUCAGGACAAACAAGGACGAGCGGUAUGCCAUAAAGAUCCUGCUGAACCAUGCGUUCUUCCAGGAGGAAACUGGAGUCAGGGUUGAACUAGCAGAAGAGGAUGAUGGGGAAAUGAUUGCUAUCAAACUGUGGCUCAGGAUAGAAGACGUCAAGAAGCUCAAAGGCAAAUACAAAGACAACGAAGCCAUCGAAUUCUCCUUUGACCUGAAUAAAGACGUACCUGAAGAUGUGGCCCAGGAAAUGGUUGAGUCUGGCUAUGUGGCCGAGGGUGACCAUAAGACCAUGGCCAAGGCUAUCAAAGACCGAGUGUCUCUAAUCCGAAGGAAGAGAGAACAGAGGCAGCUGGUACGAGAGGAGCAGGAGAAGAGAAAACUGGAGGCAGAACAACAGCAGCUGCAGCAGCAACAGCAACAACAGCAAGAGACACUCAAAGCUUCACACACACAGGCAGAAACAGAGGAGACGGAAGUGGAGCAAAAGCAACUUCACUAUCAGCAGACUGGCAUCUCACACACAUCUGAAGGAGGUGCGGACAGUGGACAGGGCUCCUCAGUUUUCUCCUCAGACUCCCCCCACCUGGGUCAGCUGACCAUGUCGUACAGCUGCCCUCCUUCUACCCAGCCCCCCUCCCAGCCCCAGACCCCCUACCCUCCUACCCCCUCUGCUGCCCCGCAGCAACACCCGGGCUAUCAGCCGCAGCAGCCAAUGCCUGUGUCGCGCCGCCGUCGAAGUCGUAGCAUGUCUGUUUGUGUCCCCCCUUCCUCCUACUCCUUUUCUCACAUCCCUUCGCCCUUGGCCGCUCGUCCAAAACAGCCCACCACACCUCCUCCAGACCUGUCCUCCUCAUCCUCCCACACCACCACCACCUCCUGCUCACCUCUCGCAGCUGAGAGGGACUCAUUUGCAGGGCGUCUCUCCAAGGCCCUGGAGACAGUCCUGCCCCUUCACUCGGCCUCCUCUCUGCCCAGGGCCAGGCAGCGGAGAGCCAGCCUGCCUGCCCUGUUCUCCACCCCUCAGCAUUCAAUGCCACAUCCCUUCAGUGGAGGAGCAAGCACAGGAGGAGGAGCAGGAGGGAACAUUCCUCUCCCAGAACCUCCAACUAUUUUCUUCCCCUCCAUCCCUGAGCGCCCAAUUUCCUUUUCACCUCCCCCUACUGGGCCUCCAAAGGCCUACAACACCCAGAGACGCAAGAGCACUUCCAUUCUCGAGGCUCAUACCCGACACUUUCAGCCUGCCUACACUCGCUAUGGGAGCAGCCUCCACCCCUUUUCUGGGAUGGAGGGUGUCGAGACUCCCUCUCUCUUUAUGGUCAAUCCUGGUUUUGCGGCAGCCGCUCAAAGACUCGGCGUUGGGGAACCCCUGCAUCUCCCAGGACAGUCGGACCCUAGUUUGUAUGGCUACAAGGACAUGAGAGCAGAGCAUGAGGAAGCAGUGAGGAGAUUAAGUCUAAAUCAAGCUGCCUUAUUGGACCAUUAUGAAGCAAUGGCGUAUGGAGGAUACCCAAUGACUGCACACCAACUUGGUCAUUUGAGUUUCCAUCAGCAGAGACAAGCAGCAGCUGCAGCUGCUAGUUUGGGUUUUGAUCCUGGUCCUCCAUCUCAACCAGGGUUCUUGCACCCCCACAUCAUGCAGAGAAUGAGUGCACACAGCCCAGUACCUCCACCUUUACCUCCUAUGAGUGCAUCGACCGGUGGCUGCGUUUCCUCUACAUCUUCUGACGGAUGCUAUCCUCCACAGCAUGCCUCCUCGUCCUCCUUCCCUAUUUCUGCACCUCCAGUAAUGGCUGAUGCCCCACCAUCUACUGGAAGUGUUUUUGAAUUUCAUUUAGCUGCAGCUGCUGCAGCCGCAGCGGCCGCUGGAGACCCAAGCCUCCUGGCAUCCAGACUGUACCGGGCCCGAAGGAGCUCCAUGGAUCUCCCCCUAGAGGACAACACUGGGACUGGAUCUGGUGGAUCAGGCACAUACAGCCGUCUGCAACCGGUGACAGAAGAGCUGUACACCUACAUCAGUCCAGAGCUCCCUUUACCUCCAGGAAGUCUUCUCCUUCACCACACAGGUGUAAAGGACAGAAGCCCAGAACCUUCUAGUGACUCACUGGCCUCCUCUGAUGCAGGAGAGUUUCAGUCGCCGCCUCCCCCACCACUCAAUCCUUCCUUUGACUCCUCUGCCGCUCAGUCCAUCCCUCGCUCCUCCUCGUCUGUGCUCUACGAUUCCUCAGGGGGAGCUCUUCAUAUAGAUCCACAGGGACAUCCACCCUCUGUGCAGAACUUUCUGCCACCGACGCCGUCCUCUGAGCUCCAGCUUGGGGGAGGAUCAUCAGCUCAGCUGGAGUCGCUGAUCCAGAGUGCCUGGGCCAGGCAUGGAGGGGUGGUACCAGCCCAACCCGAUAUGACAUACCAUGAGUCACUGCUAGCCAUGCAGGCCGCUAACUCCACCCUGCAGGUCCAGACCCCGACCCCUCAGCCAACUCCAGGACCUCCUCUGGUUCCUGCCACCGCUCAGCCAGCUCCUCCUGGAACCUCCCAACAGGUUGUGUCAUCGAGCCAGAGUAAUGCAUCACUUCAGAGCCCCACACACACAACCCUGCCACCGGCGUCUGCACAGCCCAGUGUAACUCCAUCUACCUCUACCGUUCCCUUGGUGACCCUCACCUCUCCGUCGCCGUCUAUCCCCGUUACCAUGCCGACGACAAUCGUGGCUUCCCCUCCCUCUCCUCUGCCAAUCCCUGUUGGGGUGGUGCCUACUAUUGUUUCCCCUCCUGCUCCUCCUCCUUCUCCUGUGCCUCAGCCUUUGGCCACCGUGGUGCCAAUCAUCAGUGUAGCCACCGCCCCGCCUGAUACACCCAUGGAAGCCCUUCCCCAGUCGGCCUCACAAUCUUCAGAGCUGUCGCAGUCCCAGCUGCAGCCACCUCAGGUUCUGUCAUCCAUAGAGAGUGGUCACUCUGAGACUUCAGGUCUGAGUGACGGUAAUGAAGGAGGAGGAGGUCGUCAUGAGGGUCGCUCCACCAAGAGACAUCAGAGGCGUUCUGUACGAAGUCGAUCGCGCCAUGAGAAGAUUUCCAAAGCAAAACUCAAUGUUCUCAAUAUCUCCAACCGUGGUGACAGGGUGGCAGAGUGUCAGCUGGAGACCCACAACAGGAAGAUGGUGACUUUUAGGUUCGACUUAGAUGGAGACAACCCCGAGGAGAUCGCUCAGAUCAUGGUCCAGAGUGAGUUUAUCCUGGAGAGUGAGAGGGAGUCAUUUAUCGAGCAGGUCAGAGAGGUCAUAGAGAACGCUGAUGAGAAAGGUCUGGAAAGAGACACAAACAGCCAGAUGGCAGGGGACACAGCACAGCAGAUUCCUGCAAUAUCUACCCCCAUGCCAGACAUCCCAUCCAGUGCAACAGCACAAGUGGUCCAUUCAGCGGGUCGGAGAUUCAUUGUCAGCCCUGUACCUGAAGCUAGGCUGAAGGAGCAAAUGUUUCCCACCUCUCCUUCUCCUUCUCCUGCACCUAUUGUUGAAACAGCUCCAUCACAGACUCCAGGCCAAGGUUUGGCGUUAUCCCAGUCUGCAGGAGCAAUCAGCUUACAGCAAGCCUUCUCUGAACUGAGACAGAACCAAAAUCAGUUCGAUGCGGGACCCAGCACCGCCCCAGCCUCCAUCCACUCCAGCCAUCCUCCUCUGCAGCCUGCAGCAGCUUCUGUCCCUCCGCAGAGCAGCACAGUCCCUCCUGCUGUGGAAGCCACCGCUGGGCUUGUCCCUUCUAAUUUAAACCAGACACAGGAGCAGGUCUUGGACGCCUCUCUUCCUCCUCUUUCCUCCUCCUCCACCCUCUCCUCUGUGCCCUCCGUCUGUCUCAGUCCUCCUUGUUCUUCUUCCCCUCCUCCCACUUUGGUGAAUCAGUCCAUCCUUCAGUCACAGGUGCUGUCACAGUCCCAACCUCAGAUGCAGGUGCAGGUUCAGGGUCAAGCACAAAGUCAGCCCCAGGCCUUCACCCAGUCUCAGCCUGCAACAGUCCCUGCUGUCACUGCGACUUCAGUAUCUUCCACUUUGCCACCAGCCAGUGUCUCCAGCAUCCCCCCAUCAAUGCUCACCUCCCCUCCUCCCUCCCAGGCUGUUCCCUUUGUAUCCUCCCCUCCCUCCUCCACCCUUGUAGCCGGCGAGCUCUCCCCCGAUCAUCCAUCAGUCUGUCCCACAUCCUCCUCCACUCCUUCCCUCUCCUCCUCCGUCAUCCCCACCACUGCCAUCCCAGGUCCCCAGCUCGCUCCUUCUGCCGCCUCCCACCCCGCUCCCGCUCCCUCCUCCUCCCCCGCCGUGGGACUCCUGCCAGUGACCACAAAUGUUCCCUCAGUCCAGCCAACUUUGGUCCACUCGCAGCCACAGACGGCAGCCCUGCCCGGGCAGACGCACACACACUGUGGGGAAUGUGAUGCAAGGUGUGAGGCUUCCUCUGAGUCCCAGGGUAAACCGGACGACAUUCAAGCUCUGGACAAGAAGCUGCGUUCUCUCUUCAUGGACCUCGGUGGAGGGGUGCCAUCCACCCAGGGAGACAUCUUGGCUGGCGACCCAGCCUCUGGACCCUCUGUGCCGGGUACCUCGUCCCCGAUAGGCCCCUGCUCGACCACCAUCACAUCUGUCACAGCAGCUGGCUCUAGCCAGGCAGCUAAUUCUCCUCAGCCCCCCUCCAGCCUGGCGCUGGGGUCCCUGGGGUCACCCGUACCAAUGCAGGGCCCUGGGACGCCUAUCUCCACCCCUGCACAGACUGUCAUCCCUGCCGCAUCCUUAGGCCAGACCACUCCAUCCAAAACCCCCUUAUCCAGGGUACCGGCCAGUUCUCCUCCUUCAGAACUCCUGCCAUCCUUCCCUGGACCUUGUCUGAUACAGUCCCAGCAGCCUCUGGAGGAUCUGGACGCUCAGCUGAGGAGAGCACUGAGUCCAGAGACUGUUCCUGUGAGCUCUCACACACAGGCCUCUCAUGGUGGUGUGCCUUCAGUGGGACAAACAAUUCCCUUCUCUCUUGAGGAAGAAGCUGCGUCCUCCAAAGCUCCUCCUCCUACAGGUGGAAUUAAAUUGGGAAGAUUUCAGGUCUCUCUGGCUCCUGAAGGACCGGCUGUCCAGCGUCCGGCUUGCACUGAAUCUUCCUCCACCACCUCCUCCACCUCAUCUUCCUCCUCGUCAUCCUCUAGUCUCUCCAGCCCGGAGAACACAUUGCACAAAGAUUCCUCGACUCCUCUGAGAGGCGGAGGAGAAGGACAAAGAGGAGACGUUGUGGAUGGACCCCCUCAAAGGACUCCCGGAGGAUCCCACCAGCCCUCACCUUUUACCUCCCCAUGUCCAUCCCCCAAACCCACCACCACCAUCGGACGCUUCCAGGUCACCACCAGCGCUGAAGCCCGUGUAGGUCGCUUCUCGGUCAGUCGCGCCCAGGAGCAGAGCCUCGAGUCCAGGCAGAGUCCACCUCCACCUGCUGCCCAGGCUGCCAACGGACCCAGCGAUCCCGGCCACAUUCUGACCCCAGACUCCACGCACAAAGCCUCCCUGCCCAGUCUGAACAACAACUCCUUCAAUAACUGCUACAUGAGCAGCGACAACGACUCAGAGUUUGAGGAUGAAGACUUCAAACGGGAAGUCAACCGCCUCAGAGAAAAGCACAUGCGUGAAAUUCAGGCCCUCCAUUCACGCCAGAAGGAGGAAAUAGACAGUCUGUUCACCAGGCUGGGAAAGGUUCCUCCAGCUGCAGUGAUCCCUCCAGUUAUAGCCUUGACUGGCAGGAGGAGACGACCGGCCAAAAGCAAGUCAUCAAAAUCGUCCAGAACCAGCUCCACGCAUGGCAGCAAGAGUCCAUUACAGCCAGGCAGCACUUUAUCCGCCCAGAGCGUCCCGACUAUGUACCCCGGCCAGCUGGCUCUGUUAGCCCCAGGAGGACUAGCCGAUUCAGCCAGCAGCACUCUGCUCCAGCCUCUCAAACCCUCCCCCUCCAGCGACAACCUGUGUUCGGCCUAUACCAGCGAGGCGGCGCUCUCUGUGCCCAGCCUGUGUGCUCCCACCCCAGGCUGUGUAAAGUUCAGCUGGGGUUCGGAGCGUUUGGCCUUCAAGCCUGGCGGCAGGAGGACGCGCUUUCUGAGUACGCCCUGCUUGGCUCUUUGGAAGAUGGUGAAAAAAGUCUGCCCCUGCAACCAGCUCUGUAGGACUAACAGCACCAACGCAGUGAGCGGUUCAGGUGGUUUGGGUCAGAGCCAGGGGGGUUCUCAGUGUCUGCCACCCAACAUGUCGGCCCCCCACCAGAGGAAAGGAACCUUCACCGACGACCUCCACAAGCUGGUGGACAACUGGGCCCGAGACGCCAUGAACCUCUCACAGGGUAAGAGGAGUGCCAAACAGCUGCAGCAGGCCCCAGCACAGGGACACAGCUACGAGGUGAUCCAGUCAGCCAGUCUGGGCAGGAAAUACUCGGCUCCCAGUCAGCUAUGUCCCAGCAGCAUAGGUGGUUCAGCCCACCUCCCUACGAACCCCACCACCGCUACCUCUCUGGCCACCCGCAAGGGCUCCUUAUGCCACCCUCCUGCCUCCUCCACUCCACAACAGCCCCCCCAGUUCAUCCACUACACCCCCACCGCUGCUUAUAGCGCGCAGUGGUCCGGUCCAGCUCAUAGCCUGUCAACCCCCCACCAGGCUCCAACGCAGCCUCUGCUGGUCAGUACCUCCCAGCCCCUGGGCCCCUACCCCACCCCACAGGGCCAGAUUCCCGGGCAGGGGCCGCUGCAGGCUUUCCAUCUGACCAACACUCUGCAGAAGUCAGUCAGCAACCCAGGAGGACCCAACCUGAGGACCACGUAGUGUUUGGAGCGAGGGCUGGUGUGAAUCACCGCCCGACUGGACUGGUGUGGAGCGGGUCGACUGGAGAGAACAGAGGAACUGAAGGAGACUUUGAAACGUUGGAAGCCGUUCGAGAGGAGAGAAGAAAUCAGGAAAUGCAACCUCAGCUCUGCUUCCAUCACUGUGUGAGAAGCCGUCACAGACACACGAUCUCCCUCUCUGCUGUGGGCUCGUGACAGCUCGCCAAACCAUCAAGGAUAAAGGAAAAGACUCGUUAGUGCAAUGUUAAAACGGCCAAAGAGGUUCUGACAGGGUGCAGGAUUGUUGUCAGCGCCUGUUUUUGCGUGUGCGGUGUUGUUUGUGGGCACUUUCGGCUGGGUCGCACUUGUUGCAUUUCAUGCUCUACACUGAGUGCGUGCAUGACGGGGCAGCAGUUAUUAGCUGAAUGGUGGUGGGAAGACAUUACAUCAGGCUGAGGAGGAGGAAGAGGAGGAGUGUGGUGGCCAGCUUUUACAAAACCUUUGCCCUUCUGUCCACACAGUUCCUCUUACUAACUUCUUACUGGUACAGAUUUUAGUGGGAAGAGCUGGUUGUUGCCUCUGUGUUGCUAUCUGUGUGUAUCGGUCUUUGCAGCACAGCAGCCUUCUUUGAUUGACAUUACAGCAUAUUGCAGACUUAGAAUGAGUUUAAAAAAAAAAACCUCUCAAAGAUGACAGAAACAUGCAAAAAUGCAGCAUUUCCAUUAAAUUAAAGGAGGAAACUGGUGGACAGUGAGCUGAGCGUGGCCUUGCUGGAUCAAACAGAGGAAAGAUGCACAUAAAAGCUUUGAUAUCAGGUAAAAGCAGAAAAGAUGAGGGUUUAUUAUCCAUUAAAAGCACAAAGAACAAAUCAUACUGAGAAUAGGUGUAGCCCAGCACUUGGUGGGGUUGUGACUCGACAGCUUCUCCUCUGUUACCUUCUGUGUCUUGUUUUUUUUUUUCCCCCUCGAUCUGACAAACUAUUCAAACAGACAGAGAGAGAUGGAGGAAGGAAAGCGGUUGAAGAGGAGUGUGAGUAUUAAAUAACAGACGCCUCAUCUGUUUCCUGUUACACUGCUUACUUUAGGAAGGUCCGUUGACGCAGCGCUGACUGAUGCUCCCAACGCCUCCUCGCGAAUCACGACUCCACCUCUUCCUCCAUCGCUCUCUUCGCCUCUCUGUUGCCAUUUGAAGCAAUAACAGCAGAAAACCUUUCAGAGGACGGAAAAAAAAACAACAACAAACGCCCGAACAUGAGAGAACUCAGCAUGAAAAAGUGGCCUUGUUAUCAGAGUAGUAUCAGAGUCCUUGUACAGUUUGUCUGUUUAUUUUCUAGAAUGUCAGCGAUGAUGAUUCCAUUUUGUUGUUCAUUUUGGUUUGGUUUGUUUUUUUUUUUUUUUUGCUUGCUGCCCCCAGCUAACAAUCUGACACACACACACACACACACACACACACACACACACACACACACACACACACACACACACACACACAUACACACACAAUGCAUUAGACAUUCAUAUAAAUACACACACUUGCAGACACACACAGUCAUGUAAAUACACUCACAUAGCAGCUGUUUAACCGUCUUAGACUAAUAGAUUAUGCCUCAGUUUUCUUAGUGUCAUGAUUGGGUUGGAUUUCAACAUUUGGGGGUUGAAAUGACGGCAAUGUACAUUUAUUAUCAUAAUUAUUGUUGUUGAUGAUUAUUAUUCUAUUUAAAAAGAAACAAAAACAAAAAUGUGUUCUGUCAAUGGACCUGUUCUACGUGCACAUCGGCGUCUGAUGUGGAGACACUGUGAUUAUUGUUGUUUGUUCUUAGCAAAUGUUGUUGGACGACAUUAGUUUUAGGGGUUGAAAUGUCACAAAUUUAAAGAGAAAAAAAAUGAAAAACACAAAAAGCAUACAGAGAACAGUUUGGGGUCCUUUCGCUUUCAAUUCAGUCUCCUUUUUUGCAUCAAAAUGUGAAAAUUGAACACCCCUCUUUUUCAAUACACGUCCUUCCAUCCAUUUAUUAAGGACAUACUUCAGAACCAAUGCCUUACCUACAACUAAACGACUGCAGUUUCAGCUCAACUUUACAACUGAUUGAAUUGAAAGUCGAAACUGACCUCCAAGUAUAAAGACAAAAACCGGAGUGAACGGCAGGAUAGUUGAUAUUUAGAUAAUAAAGUAAAGCUAGCUAUUUUUUUCUUAAUACAGUACUUAUAUAUCAGACACUUUAAAUAGCCCUCCUCUUCCCUUUCUCCCCUGGUUUUGUUAGAUGAAUGUGAAUGUAUAAACCAAUGGUGUCCAUUUAAAUGUACUUGAAAAACAAAAAAACUUGUCUUUUAUUUUUCGCUGUCUUCGCUUCUCCUGACCCCUCUGCCGCCCUUAGAGCCUCCGCUGAACGCUGGAGGUAUUUACUAGUGCCUUGCAUCCUUCCUGUUGCUUCUCCGUUGGGGGUCUUGGGUUAAAGUAGGCACAUUUGAUCAGAAGUGUGCAGAAUAUCGAGGUGUCACUUUGGAGUUAGAUUGUAAUGACGGCAUGUGUGUGCUGAGGUUGGUUUGAGGUUCAUUCUCUUGAGUGUUUUUUCUGCAAAGUGCAAAAAAAAAUCUGAACUCACUCCUUCCGUUGGAUAUAAAUUUAUCUCUAAAAAACCUGAACUGACCUGAUAGGAAGGUGAAUUGACUCCUCAAGCCGAGAAGAUUGACCUCUGAAGAUUAGAAAAGGCUACAGUUUGACAUCAGUGUUGUUUCUGUUGCUGUAUUUUCUCAGUUUUAAGGAGGGAGUUAUUGACAAUUGUAUCUGAAGCUUGGACCACUCUAUACUUAAGAGGCGCUGACCUGAGUGCAGCAUACAGUCAGGAGAGGAUGGCAUACAGAUUGUGUAAUAAAGCAAGAUCCAUUUUUGAGUUUUCUGUGAAAUUAGCUCAAAUCAAAUGUAGAGCCCAACAAAUUCAUUCUUACAAUAUUGGCCUGUCUUUGAUAAAUCUGAUAUAAAAACUUUCCUUUCCAGAAGAUAAGAAUGAAAACUUUUCUGUAGAUGAUUUAGAAUCAGUGUCAUUACAUGGUUUGUCCAGCAGACCAGCUAAGACUCCGUUAUUUUCAGUAUUCUCUGCGUUGUCUGCAGCACAUGUAGCAGAGCAGGUGGUGGUGCGGAGUCAAGUGUUGUAAGUUGCUAACUAGUUUUUGAAAUGCAUUGCUGGGAGUUAGUAAAAAUGGCACCAUAAUUUCGCCUUUUUGGUAUAACUCCAGCAUACUGCAUGUAUGUAUUUAAACAAUAUAUGAAUUUCUUGCUCCCAAAAAUCAGUGUCGGCAACAAAAAUCCAAUAUCUGUUGAGUUCUACUCCUGUAGUUAGCACUAAAAUCUCACGUGAGCCAUGAUUUCCAACUCUGCUGUCAGCUGAAGGGUGUUUUGGUGGGAAUGUUCUGAUCAAAAAGUCCAUUUAGGUUGUGAAAUAGUAUCAGAGGCCAACUUUAAUAUCUGUAUAAAACCCCGGUUUUAUACCCAAUUUUUUUUUCAAUCAACAAACAAUAAAUUCACCGUAGAAACGGCAAAUAAACAGCAGUCAGUGUUUGAAAGAAACAAUGAUUGUAUGGGUGUGGUUUGACAGCAGAUUUAGAUUUAAUGUCACUACAUCCUUCAACAUUAUCCUGAUUGGUUUACUUAAAAACCGUACAAACCAGUGAGAUAAAACCACAGAAAGAAAGCAAAUACAGAAAUGUGUCAUGUAAAAUGACCAAAGCUGGCUUUAAAUAGAGUUUUUACGUAAUAACCCACCACUAAUGGUUAGAAAAAGUGUUGGCAGCGGCAUAAACGUGUUUAGGCUUCAGUGAUGCACAACCUUUCUAUCAGCCAGUAUUGUCGUUGGACUUUUAUACCACUUGAAAUAAUGGUAUCGAAGCGGCAUGCUUGAGAAUUAAACAGGAUUUAUUCCUAGAAACGACUUUGUAGACCAAAAAUUGAAGCUUUAACAUACAUUUGAAUGUGAAGGCAUCGCGGCGUUGGUGGUUGAAAAGACGGAGUUGAUUGUGAUAAUGGAUCCAAGGCCUUUGACACCCUCUUCUGUUUUCUUCUUUUCAUCUGCAAAUGAAUCACAUCUGGUACAAACUUCACUCAAACAAAUCUUUUUUUUUUUUUUUGCUUUUGCCGGUUUAUUUGUGAUAUUUCUUCAUUUCUCUUGGAUGAUGAUGCAACAUUUUUACUACUAGGCGAGUUUGGUUGAAGCUGUGAAUAAUCAUUGAGCCACUUUGCUUUAGUUCUGGUUCUGUCAAACCUCUGACUCAGUGCCAUUUACAUCAGCGCUAACAAGAAAACAAUAUAUUUAUCUGCUUUUACUCACUGGAGCUGUUUGGGAUUUUCACUUUGCAACUUGCACAAGCCUCAAAAGAUUUCCAUGUUUGAAGCUUGAUAACAUUUUAUUGUCUCUAUACCACAUAAUUAUCUUCUGUGCGAUCGCUUGCAAUGCAAUAUUAAUACAGUGACAGUAUACUGUCAUGCUCUGAGGGUUUAGUUGUGAAGUUUUAGUGGAGGAAUCAUUGUGAAAGAGUUUCCAGUACAACAAAUUUCCUGAAAAGUGGGAAAGUCAGAUUCUGUUUCUGGUGACACGAACACAGUGUAGCAUUUUAACUCACCUUCAUUUGAAAUUCAGUUUCUGUUUUCCACUUUUUGCCUGUUCAGGACUCGUUGACCCUUUAUGCUUCCUCCUGUUGAAGUGCCCACAUUUAGAAAAAAAAAAAGCCUUUCAGUGCACCAACAAACACAGAUUCACUGCAUCUCUCGCUGUUUUACGUCGCCUGCUCCUGUGAAAUGAUGUCUUUACUGUGGCAACAGUUUGUCAGACUGUUACUGAUUUAUUUUUUUCCAACUGGCUGAUUUUGUUUUCUGGUCUGUCUGAUGCUCUCACACAUUUUACUUCACACUCGUUUUAUGUGCCGUUAUAAUGUUUCUAACAGCACCUAAUUUAAUUCAGUGAUUUCCUUUUUUCUGUAUCGUGGUUGACAUUGUACAAAAGUGGUUGGAUUUAAAUAAAUAAAGUGGAUGAAUGAAUGAAAGAAAAAAAAUACAUGUACGGGAGUCAUCGGCAGCCUUUAACGGUAUGUUUUGCACUAAGUAUAGAGUGUUCAAGCUUCAUAUUAAAAACAAAACUUUGCGCUUUGCGCUACAAUACAUUGAAAUUUGUUACUUUAUUUGUAAAAACUUAAUAAAUAAAAGUUGUUUAAAUGAAUAA